AUGUCGGCGAGCAGUAUCUUCCGCAUUACCUCGCGAGCUCGCACGCCUGCGCUGAGGGCGGUCCGCCGUCCUAUUGCCCCGAAGCGUGCCGGCUUCGUGACUCCCGUUUACAAGAGCUUCAGCAGCACCGCAAGACAACUCUCUGACUCUCAUGGAGAGGAAACGUUCGAGGAAUUCACUGCCAGAUAUGAAAAGGAAUUUGAGAAUGUAACCGAUGUCUUCGAGCUUCAGAGGAACCUCAACAACGCAUUCGCAUAUGAUCUUGUUCCUUCGCCAACCGUACUCAUCGCUGCUCUCCGUGCUGCCAGGAGGAUCAAUGACUUCCCAACCGCUAUACGCGUUUUCGAGGGCAUCAAGGCUAAGGUUGAAAACCCCUCCCAAUACGAAGAAUAUCUCAAGGAGCUCGAGCCAAUACGGGAGGAACUUGGUGUCCCAUUGAGGGAAGACAUUUACCCCGAUAUCAACUCAUUCUAAGAAGUAACAACUUUUAAGUAAGGGUACCCAGACCCACAGCAGAUAGACCUUUGGGCGCGGGCUAGUUUGUAUCAUCAAUACCGGGAGACAGUCGAUGCCAAGUGUGCUUAGAGGAAUAACGGUAGCUACUACCAUGUACAGAACCCCAAUUGACUGUGUUCCGUUUGUGCAUCUGAUGUCAGAAUCGUACGCAU